CGGUCUUCAGGGAAUUUUAGUACACUCUGCAGAGUAUAGUUGAAAAAAAUACACAAAUUUACAGGAGCAACGAUGUGCAGUGUUUUUUAAUCAUUUUGAAACCUGACACAUUUUUUAACUAAACAUGAACCUUAGCUUUACCUUUUCAUCCAUCUACACAUUUUCAUUGUCUUGUUUUCAACAUCACUGCAUUGCAGCCAAUGAGGUUGCACAUCUUCACCCAACAUCAAACAACGGUAGAGGAAGCACUGUUUGCGUACUGUCUGUGCGGUGUACAUAUGUGUGAGAGACAAAGACAUACAAUCAGUGUGGAAGAAUGAAGCUUGUCUGUUGGUCCACACUUUUGCUCUGUGUUUUUGCCAAUGCAGAUAACAAUGCAGUGUGGAGAGAGGCUGGCCAGGACGUCACCUUAAAGUGUUCCUCCACUGGAUGUCCCAGCAGCGAUGGCGAGUAUGAUGGGAUGUAUCUGUAUUACAGUCGAGAUCAAGAUCAUAAGGAGCAGAAAGAGGUGCUUUACCAUCACCCCUAUCCCAAUUCAACUUCCAAAAUAACCCCGCGAAAAACAUACUCAGGCAGGAUUGAGACAAAAGGACCAUUGUCUAACCACACCAUCACCAUCAGCAAUCUGACCGUGGACGACUCUGGUUUCUACAGUUGUGUCUACAUGAAAGCGGCAGGUGAUGUCCGAUGCAGCGCCUACACACUUUUUAUAAGUGGAGUGGCACCAUGUCCCACAUCAGCACCAGAAGUGCCUUCUGUUCUUGUCAUUGAGAAACUUAUGGUCCUAAUCAUUAUGGCAGCCUGCACCGUCAGCACCCUAGUAACUGUGAUCUUCAUUCUGCUGAUAGUCCCAAGGGUAAAACGAUGGGCUAGAAGCAGCAGAAGAAGAACAACAAGUGUUGCGCAAGUUUCCCUUAAUGACGUGUAUGAAGUUAUGAGUAAGAACGGCUUUCAACCAACUCAAGAGUAGUCAUUGCCUAACUCGUAAGAUUGUGCUCAGUAUUGCUUAGCAUAAAAAAUGAUUGGCUUGGUGGCCAUCUUCUUCUUGAGGGUUGGUUUACUCGUUUGACUGUUUGAGAUUUUAAUUAGCACAUCAGACAAAAUGUAAAUGUACAUGUUAAUAACAGCUAAACAUGGGGUAUUAAAUCUCCAAAAUCUUUCAUUACUGUGAAAGUAUUUUCCAAAUUCAACUCAUUCUUAAUAAUAGUAUUCAUUAUUAAUAUUUGAACUUUAAUAUUUGGGUGUUUGAUGCUUUUUGGGCU